GUAUUAGUUCCGUCCCAUGCUGGCUCACGGCCUGGAUUCUCGUCGAACAGAUCCGCCGGAGAGGCCUAAAGGUUACACUCGUACCUGGUGCACUGGUGGAUAUGAUUUUAUUCCACUGUCACUACUGAGUUUGGAGAGCUGCUGAUUUGGGAUGACUGAUGAAAUUAAAAAGGAAUCUCCAUCCAUCAGCAUUAAGGAGGAAGAAGCUGUUGCAAUUUAUAGUCAAGAGAAAGCAGCAGAGGAGGAUGAAGAGUUAUCACAUGCAGAAAUCUUGGACCUAUUUCAGGAAGGUCUGGCUAUGAUAGUUCAGGAUCCUUUGCUGUGUGACCUGCCUGUACAGGUUACUUUGGAAGAGAUAAAUUCACAGAUAGCACUUGAAUAUGGGCAGGCAAUGACUGUGAAAGUAAAGAAAGGAGAUGGUGAAAUUAUGCCUGUUGUUGUGAUUCAAAAUGAAACUGUCUUGGAUUUGAAGAAAGCUAUUCAGAGAUAUGUCCAACUGAAGCAAGAACGAGAAGGAGGAACACAGUACAUUAGCUGGAAAUAUAUCUGGCAGACAUACCAUCUAACUUUUAAUGGAGAGAAGCUAGCUGAUGAUAAAAUGAAACUCAAAGAUUACGGAAUAAGGAAUCGAGAUGAAGUAACCUUCAUAAAGAAGCUCCGUAAAAAAUAAAAGAUCUGGAUGGCACAUGAUCAGAAGGGAUUUGUUUUCAUUGGUGAUGAAGCAGAUCGUAGCUGCUACUGACAAAAUUAUUUCUUCUAUCAAAUUACGAAAAGAAGAAGUUGGAUUAUUUGUUAGAAAAUUAAAGGUCAAGUGAAGAAAGAUUUUUUGAUUUGUCCCAUUUGUAAUGAAUCUUCUUGGAAGGACUGCUUUUCAGCAAAUAAAGUCUCAUUUAUUGAGUUUUUUAAAAAAUUAGUUUUUUUUAAAUCAUAUUGUCUGAUAUACAGAUGCCCUCUUUCCACAGUUUCAUUAGGUGUUACUGUUCUUGCUUUGUCUAUAUCUUGGGGCAAAAUUGGAUUUGAGAUUCCAUGAUAUUUUAAAACAUAAUUUCCCUAUCAAUAAUUACAUGACACUUCCUUGAAAGGAAGCACAUCCCUCUUGACUAGAAACAUACUUCCUAUGAAAAUCAAUAUGUGGGCUAGGUUAUAAUUAACUCAUUUGUGAAAAAAUGCUGGCUAGGAUUUCUGCAAGUGUCUCCAAUAUUUUGAUUUUGUUUGAAUGUAUGAUGUAUUUGAUUAAAAACAGAUUAAAAUGCACAGAUUAAAAACAGUCUUUCAUGGGUUUUGCAAUGCUUAAAAG